AGAGAGAAAAAAUAUAAAGAAACCACAAUAUCCUAGUCAUGGAGAGAAAAAUAGAGAUGCAACAUCCUAGUCAUGAACAUCCUUUGAUCUGGGGUUAUAGCAUAGAUGACAGCCAAAUUAUCCGCUGCCAUAUUUGUAACGACAAUAUCGAAGAGUUGUCCUACUUUGUCUGUCUUCAAUGCAACUAUUUCCUUCACUAUUUAUGUGUUUUACCAUUCUUGCAACAAAUCAAGCACCCUUCCCACCCUAACCACCCCCUCAUUCUCCAAGUCAACAAUAGCGAAGGAAAACCUUUUUGUCACGUCUGUGACUAUUCACUUGAUGUCUAUUCCCCAUGCUAUUCAUGUGGUCGCUGCAAUUUCGAAUUAGACAUUUAUUGUGCUCUAAAAUUCCCCACCGUAAACUGGGAAAGCAGAAGGCCCGGUGAUGAUCAACGUCUUUGCCAUAAGCAACCGAUGGAACUCAUUUUCAUCAAGCAUGGCGAAGAUGAUGAUGAUGUUAAAUAUUGCUAUAUAUGUGAGCUACCAUUGCUGAGUCAAUCCUACCAUUGCAAAAUUUGUAACCAUUUCUUUCACAGAUCAUGCAUGGAGUUGUCACCUGUGAUAACACACCCUUUCCAUCAAAGUCAUUCUCUCAUUCUUUCUCUGGGUUGUGGUGCAAGAUGCAUUUUAUGUCGGAAACAAUGUUCCAACUUCAUUUUCCGAUGCGAGCAAGGCCGAUGCGACAUUUACAUCUGUGUAGGGUGCAGAUCAGUUUUAAAACCAACAAUAACGUGUCAAGGUCACAGCCACCCUCUCUUUCUUCAUUCAGCCUUCAUUGCUCCUCGGCGGUUAAGAUGUUGUGAUACCCCUUUUACAUGUUAUGAACGAUUGGUUAACUCUUCUGAACUUAGGGGCACUGAAAAUUACAUCUUUAGUUGUUGCAUUUGUGAAUGUGACUUUAGGCUACAUUUCUUUUGUGGUCCAUUACCGUGUGUUAUUAAACAUAAUUGUCAUAUCCAUCCUCUUACACUUUUUGAUUCAGUCGUCGAAGAUGAUUUUGGUGAAUACUAUUGUGAUGCUUGCGAAAAAGAAAGAGAUCCACGGAUUUGUGUUUACUAUUGUGCAAAAUGCAAAUAUAUCGCUCAUUUGGAUUGUGUGCUCGAUGAGGUUUUACGGGUACUAAAGGGGGACUGUAGGGAUGUUAAGCUUCGGAUGGUGGGACAAAGGAAGAUGGUGAUAGAAAUGGACAAUAAAAUUUUGAGGCUGGUAGAGAAUGAGAUCAAUAUCGACAGUACUGGAGGGGUACCGCCGGAAAAGGAAGUCGAAGCCACCACCGCCGCUGCCGCCAAUCAAACUUUGACAACCUUCUCAGACUUGAUCAUUUCAGUAGCAAAGCAAUUUGGCAUAAUUACUACUGAUCAGAAUGAUAAUCAAGGAGUAAGAAUUAUAGAGCAGCUGCAGGCAGAGAAAGAAGCUGGUCCCCUGGAAGAGGAAGACGACGUGGAAGACUCUCUGGAAGAGGAAGAGGAGAGAAACCGUAUAAUAAGGAAUAAUAUUGAAAACAAAAAUCCUUUGGUUUUAGUGCAUUCAUUAUUAACUGGGACGAAAUAUCAACCUUCAAAUGUUGAUAAAGAAAUUGGAAAAGGAUUGAAAUGGAUUUCUCAUGACCCGGAAAUGAGUUAUAGAUCUUUCAUUCGCAAGUUUAAGAAAUUAAGUUAUGAUAAAAAUACCGAGUGGAUAAUUGUGACCCCCAAUGAGCAGGAGAUGAAGAUUGUGAAUGUCGGCGGUUAUAUGAUUACUUGGAAUUUGGCCUGUGUUAUGGAAGAUCUACUUGCUAAGCAUGGAGAUAUUAGUGGUAACAAAAUUUCAAGUCCGGAAUUGAAGAGUCUCAUUUUUUUCUUCCUAUGCAGACUCGUACAUACUAUGUCAAGAACACUGGUUGUCGAUGUUACUGAAAAUCUUCUUGGAGAUUGGUAUUCUUGCCUGAAUUUUGCAAAAUCUAAUGGCUUUAAAGUUGGAUUUGUAAUGUCUCGUUUAAAACGAGUGGUACGUGCUGCUUUUGGUGUUGGAGCAAAUAGUUCUAAAAAAGAAGAGAAGACAGAGUUAGAGAAGUUGAUUGGGAAUUUAGAAGCUAAGCUGAAGAAAUAUAAGAAACAACUUGAAGAGCAUGAAAGAGCAUGGGAUAUCAAAGGAAACAAUUUGAUGGAUAAGUGUUUCAAUGAGCUUGUACAAUUGAAGUGGAAAAAAGUGGCUGAUGAUUUGUUCUAAAUGUAUUAAUUAUUUGUGAUCAUAUAUGUAGUUUUAGUUUGGAAUUCUUCACGUUUCUUCUUUCAGUUGUUGCUGUUAUUUCUUUGUUGUUCUUCUAGCCAGCUCUCUGGUGUAACUAUCAUCGGAACAAUUUAUUUUUAAAAGUUAUAAU